AUGAACAUAAAUGACAGCCGAUUGGAGAACGGUUCUUCUCUUGCCCCCCACGAACUCGCCCUCAGCCGUCCUCCUUGGGUCUCAAGCACUCUUGGCAGCGUUCUUAUUUUCACCAUCGUGGUCGAUAUACUGGGCAACCUGUUGGUUAUUUUCUCUGUCUACAGAAAUAAGAAGCUCAGAAACGCAGGAAACGUGUUUGUGGUGAGCCUGGCAGUAGCUGACCUAGUGGUGGUGGUUUACCCCUACCCUUUGGUGCUGAUGUCUAUUUUUCACAAUGGAUGGAACUUAGGUUUUAUACAUUGCCAAAUCAGCGGGUUCGUGAUGGGACUAAGCGUCAUCGGAUCCAUAUUUAACAUCACUGGAAUUGCCAUAAACCGCUACUGUUACAUUUGUCACAGCCUCAAGUACGACCACGUGUACAGUGACAAAAACUCACUAUGCUAUGUAAUCCUGAUCUGGAUCCUGACUGUGAUCGCUAUAGUGCCGAAUUUCUUCGUGGGCUCGUUGCAGUACGACCACAGGGUGUACUCGUGCACUUUUGCACAGUCUGCCAGUUCGGCCUACACCAUCGCUGUGGUCUUCUUCCACUUCAUCCUGCCUAUUUUGGUUGUCACUUAUUGCUAUUUAAGAAUCUGGAUCCUGGUUAUUCAAGUGCGGAGGCGUGUCAAACCUGAUUUCCGGCCCAAGCUGACGCCACAUACUGUGAGGAACUUCGUCACCAUGUUUGUGGUUUUCGUGCUGUUCGCUAUCUGUUGGGCACCGCUCAACUUCAUUGGCCUGGCUGUAGCUAUGGACCCAAAGAAGAUGGCACCUCUCAUCCCGGAGUGGCUGUUUGUAUUCAGUUACUUCCUGGCCUACUUUAACAGCUGCCUUAAUGCUGUUGUCUAUGGGCUGCUCAAUCAGAACUUCAGACAAGAGUACAAAAAAAUCAUUGUCUCGCUUUGUACUGCUCGGAUGUUUUAUCCAGACAGUUCUAAUGAAGCAGCAGACAAGAUUAAAAGCAAACCGUCUGCUAUAUUGUCAAACAACAACCAAGUGAAAGUCGACUCAGUGUGA